ACCAUCGCGCGGCAGCUCAGAAGUGCUCGUGGCGUGGCGUGGUGCGCACCUUGACUACCCGUGUGGCGACUCCGGCGUGACCACCACGACUCUUCCUCUCACUCCCUGCGCUCCCUCUAGCAGUUCGUACGUGAAGGAGUGUUGACAUAUCUUCACUUCUCACCUGAAGGAAUACUUUUAACCUGUCACUCUAUUCCCAUUCCUAUUCCCACCUGUCUCUACCUCCCUCUGCCAUUCCCGUCAGUCCGCGGAAUACCCAGCCAACCCUAAACAAGCGCAAGGAGUGCCUCUCAUGUGGUGCCUAGUGAGAGUAAGGACGUGAGCUGCAACUUAGUGCCAGUGCAACCCUCAGAGCCGUGACUAGUGCCAGGGAGCCAGGAAGGAUAACAAGGGGAAGUGAGACUGCGUGUGAGAUGAUGUGCCGUGGUGUGUGGGCGCUGGGUGCGCUGUGGGCGUGGGCGGUGGUGCUGCUGGUGAUGGUGCCUCACGCCCACACUCAGGAGAGGCAUAUUCGCUACGUGAGAGCGGAUGAGCUAAGAGACUACAGUGGGCGAUGCUAUGACGCUGAACGCUGCUCGCUGCGAACCACUGGAGAGACCUGGACGGUGGACAGCACUUGCGAGCAGGCCACGUGCAUGCAGGCCUCUAACGGGACGCUGCUGGAGAAGAGAAUCAGGUGUUCGGAGCUCCUUCCUCUCUUCAACGACAACUGCUACAUCGUGAGGGUGGAGGGCAAAGCGUACCCACACUGCUGCCCGCAACUCUACUGCGACGACAAGCUGGUCUCCUCCUCUCCUCCAUUCUAAUAAGGAGUACCCCAAGUCGCUCUUAAGAACCUCCAGUGUUUUUUGCAUUUUUAAGCCCGGUAUUUCCCCACCAGAUUUUCAGCUAUAAGAGAACGCCGGGCCAUCUAUACCAUAUCCCAAUGCUCACUAGUUAUUGUAUCUUUGUCGUGUCUCUUUCUCUAUUGUGUGAGUGUUGCUAGUUCUGUGCCAUCGUCCGCUGUGUCUCCGCGUUUGACCAGACUCGCUGUUUCUGUGUUGUGGCAGAGAUUAGUGUGUGUUCUGUGUCUUGAGAAGUAAUUGAUACUUUCACACGGAAGUAGAAAUUUGUUAUUUGUGUGGUUGUCAUUGGGAAGUUGGAUUUAUUUUCAUUUUUUUUUUUUUUUUGAGUAUAAAGUUGAAUCCGAAGAUCAAAUGAGUACCUUUCUUUUUUCGCAUUUAUGUUACUGAUACUCGUGUUUCAUUUAGUUUAGCGUGAAAAUCUUGCAUCUGAAAAAAUCUACAUUAUAACUUUUCUUUUGUAAUUACUUUCUUCAGUGCAACACAAAAUAUGACUACUGGUUACCCCAAAACUGAAUCGGCAUUUUUUUUUAUUAUUCUUAAGCUUUUUUUUUUUUUUUUUGGUAGAAACAUCACAAAACUUUAAAAUCAGCUUCGACAAACAAAUUAAAAUCUCGGUAACAAUUU